CGACAACAGCCCUUAAUUCUCCGAUCAUCUACAAGUACUUCCAAGGAACCCUAGCAAUUUACAAACACACACGGAAAGAUACAAAUACAUGCGUAUAUAGACGUAUAUAUAGAGAGAGAAAAUUGUAGGGUGAGAAAGAGAUUGUGGUUCGGAUGUACUGAAAUGGGUGCUGCCGGCUCGAGACUCGAGAAAGCUCUGGGAGACCAGUUCCCCGAAGGCGAGCGUUACUUCGGACUCGAGAAUUUCGGCAACACUUGCUACUGUAACAGCGUCUUGCAGGCUCUUUAUUUCUGUGUUCCCUUUCGUGAGCAGCUACUAGAAUAUUACUCUAAUAUCAAAAAUCUUGCUGAUGCCGAAGAAAAUCUAUUGACGUGCCUAGCAGACCUAUUUUUGCAGAAACGGAUGGCAAUAGAGAUGCUCGAUCACCUAUUGGACUCUUAUUGUAUCCUUUAUAGGAUUGAUCUUGGAAGGAUCACACUGUAUCCUGCUCCUGCCAAUGCCAUUGGCAUAAGUUCACAAAAGAAGAAGACAGGUGUCAUUGCUCCAAAGCGUUUUGUACAACGAUUGAAGAAGCAAAAUGAGAUCUUCCGCAGCUAUAUGCACCAGGAUGCACAUGAAUUUUUGAACUACUUGCUAAAUGAACUUGUUGACAUACUUGAGAAAGAAUCCCAUGCUACAAAGAGUGAUCUAGAAGCCUUAUCACCAUCUGAAAAGGUCGCAAAUGGACCAAAGAAUGCUCAUGCCAAUGGUACUAAAAAAGAGCCUCUGGUCACCUGGGUGCACAAAAAUUUUCAGGGUAUCCUCACAAAUGAAACGAGGUGCUUGCGGUGUGAGACUGUGACAGCAAGGGAUGAAACAUUUUUGGACUUGAGCCUUGAUAUUGAACAGAACAGUUCGAUUACAAGCUGUCUGAAAAAUUUCAGUUCUACCGAAACUUUGAAUGCAGAAGACAAAUUCUUUUGUGACAAGUGCUGCAGCUUGCAGGAGGCCCAGAAGAGAAUGAAGAUAAAAAAGGCACCUCACAUUCUGGUCAUCCAUUUAAAGAGAUUCAAAUACAUUGAGCAGCUUGGCCGAUACAAGAAGCUAUCUUAUCGGGUUGUCUUCCCGUUGGAGCUGAAGUUGAGCAAUACCGUGGAGGAUGCAGAUUCCGAGUACUCCUUGUUUGCUGUAGUUGUCCAUGUUGGGAGUGGACCCAACCACGGACACUAUGUCAGCCUUGUGAAAAGCCAUAACCAUUGGUUAUUCUUUGAUGAUGAAAAUGUGGAGAUAAUCGACGAGUCUGCUGUGCAGACUUUCUUUGGGUCAGCCCAGGAGUACUCUAGCAACACAGAUCAUGGGUACAUCUUGUUCUAUGAGAGGUUGGCUGCUGGCAGCACAAGCUGAGAGAGGAAGUCCUGUUUUCGUAUGAGUCUAUACUUUCCAAUUUUGAAUACAUUUCCCUUCUGUUCAUCAUUUUUUUCUCGUCGCUUAAUCAAUCCCUGUUGAAAAAUCUGGGAAUAUUCUGAUAUGACUAGUGAGGUGAGAUGGCAGUGUGAAAAAUGUAUACCUAGGUGUUUGGUGGUUGCAAUGUAUAGCUGAUGGCGGAAGCUCAGUAAUCCAUGUUUCUUCAACAAUAAGAAGAGAAGGUAUUGUAUUUGGUAAUGUUAGAACUUCAUACACAUAUUCUAGUGGCCGAGGGUGUUUUACUAGCAAUAGAAAUGCAUUGGUUUUCAGUUGCUACCAAAUUUGGAUGGUUUUGAUUUGUAAUCGAUCGUGUGUUGGUUGAAAUUCACUGUUGAAGUUCCA